AUGGAUGGCCAGACUUACACUCUGCGCUCCCAUCCCCUCAACAAGUUCUAUGCAUGGGGCAGGGGCGAACUGGGGUUCGACGUCAGGACCCCCAGAUUGGCGACAGUCCCAAGGAGUCUUGCAAUGCUUCUAGGCUUCCUGCGUAGCGGCAGCUUUUUGGAGAGUUGCUCGCACAAGGAUGGGGCUCUGGAAUUGUUGGAAGUGUUGUCGUGUGACACAGCGUGUCAGAAGGCGCUCGGAAAGCUGCCGCAGUGUGUUGAGACGCUGGUGUGCUUUGUCUGUGAUGGGGAGGUCUCUAUUCAGAGGAAGCUGGGGGCCUUCUUGCAAGACGUUGCAAAGGCUGAGGCAAUAGCGAAUGGUGCGGCUCAGUUGCUGGGCUCCUUGACAAAGGACAACGAGGUUGGGGAGACUGUCGGCCGCAUGCCAUGGAUGCUUGGGGAUUUUUUAAAUGCACUUGGCGUCACCUCAAUCUCAACGGACGUCGCCCGGGUUCUUUAUAACUCGACCAGGGGGCCUGAGGCCAGGGAGGCAAUUGCCAACUCUGGGGUCCUCCUCAAGAAGUUGGUCAGUUAG